AUGCAUCUAUUUCUCAUCCGACAUGGAGAGACAGAGCAUAAUGUUGCCGGGCUUCUGGCGGGAGUCUCUGAUUCCAGGUUGACAAACCAUGGCGUACUGCAGACCCAGCGUCUGGGUCGCUACCUCACAACUCACCGCAACUUGAGAUUUACCCAAAUUUAUGCCUCGGAUCUUCAACGAGCUUUCAUGACCGCCGAAGAGCUUCAGAGAAGCCAAGUCGCAAGACUCUCCGGUGAAGGUGUCCCGGGGGUUGUGAGACUCGAGCUGCUCCGAGAGCAAGACUUCGGCUCACUUGAGCUCGUUCCAUGGACCUCGAGAAGAGCCCAGGACACUCUAGAUUCUAGAGUGCCUAACCCGAAAGAUUCAUCUUUUCGACCCCAAGAAACCACCGAGGCUAUGGUGAGAAGAGCAGAAUCUUUCCUGGGUGACUUCAUCCUCCCGCAUUUUGCCAGUGCAGAGAAUUUCCAGGAGAGUGCGCAGGAAUGCGUUGCGGUCGUUUCCCACGGCCUCUUUCUGUCUGUGCUAUGGCAGACACUGCUGAGAAAAUUCAGCACCGGUAGCGUCACUCUGGGUCCGAAUGUCGAGGCUUGGGGCACCAACCGUCCCUUGGAACACCUACCAGCCUGGACCAACACUGGGUUUUUAGAGGUCACAAUCCAGAAGCCCAUACCAAAGGUGGCCGAUCAACCUCGCAAAGGGCAGCCUUUGAUAUCGACAGACAUCCGAUCAUCCGCACUCAGCGGAUAUUCCAUGACCGUCCAUGGAGUCAAUAGCAAAGAUCACCUACUGGACCUAAAGCGUACCAGAGGCGGGUUGGGAUCAUCUCCCUAUGAUGUGAAGCAACGGAACCUGGAUGGGUUCUUCAAGCGACCCAAACCCAAUGGCCCCAGUACAUGA